CUGCGCCACGUGAUCUCCCCCCUCCCCUCACUGCGUCUUCCCUGCCAAUUCUCUUUCACCCCGCUGACCUUAUCAAACCCAGAUUCAGUCGAGCAACAUGUCCAGCUUCCUCUCCUUCCUCUGCGCCCAAACCAUCGGCCGCGUCCUCCCCAUCAACGUGGACCGCCUCCCGAUCGUGGGCCGACGACUCCCAGCACUCGAAGGCGUGGAGCAGGACGACGCCGGCUCGUGCCCCGUGAACCCUCCUCUCUCGACAAUGGAACGGACCGUCUUCAGCCCCGGAGGAUGCCUUGUCUAUGGGUACCCCUCCACUGGUGGCGUCCUCAUUAAAAGCGCUAACCUGGUUGACCUGCUUUUCCUCUCGCUCCCGCGCUUUCAGGCCGUGCAGCGCGCAUCCAGUGUCGAUGAGGAGGACAGGUUCUGUAAGCUCUUGCGCCGGACUGGGGCGACGUGGUGGCUGAGUAGGGAGGAUGAGCUUGAGGCGGUUCUAGGGGUGAGAAAGAUGACGGAGGAAGAAAAGAGAGUGCUGGUGUUUGGGUGGCCGGCGGAUGGUGUAGGCGUGUGGGUGUUGAGGUUUGCGAAUGCCAAGGAAAUGCCAAGGGACUUUAUGAGAAUCAGUUUCGCGAUGAAUAUGGAGGAGAGGAUCCAGAUUAUGAGAGAGUAUGGCGCUACCUUUGUGGAGGAUGUCUCGCAGGUGGAGGAGCUUCGUGAAACGCUCUGAGUCACAUAGCCAAUCACUGCUCAUGGUCUGCCGGUUCGUGGAUUGAAGGCGGCUUCGCCGUCUAGCUCCGCCGGGGCAGCAGCCACCCUAGUUGGGUGGGUGACCACCAGCGAAUGCCUUCUGUUGUAUGUAUUAUUUUCGUUUUUGUGCUUUUUGUUCCUUGAG